CUUCGGAUCAGAAGAUUGCAGGUUCGAGUCCUGCCGCGGUCGCUCUUUUGUGACCCGGACACUGUAUUCAGCCGCAUUGUUUUCCUCAGCAAAAAUGUACACAUGGUUGACUUGACUGCUAUGCGACAAAAAGACGAUGUCGGAGGACACGCAGGACACGGAGGAUGUGGAGCUGGACUUUGCUGCUGACGAGCAGGAGAGGGCGCAGAGGAGCGCAGUCAUAAGACACCCCCUCGCCUCCUUCUUCCACCUGUUCUUCCGGGUAGUUGCCAUCGUCACCUAUUUGCUCUGUGACAUGAUCAGCGAGAACUUUGCAUCGUGUUUUGUCCUGAUCAUCACUCUGCUCUCUUUUGACUUCUGGUCUGUCAAGAAUGUGACCGGCAGGCUGCUGGUCGGCCUGCGCUGGUGGAAUCAGAUCGACGAGGAUGGAAAGAGCCUCUGGGUGUUCGAGGCCAAAAAAGCCUCCCGGGGCAAUAACAUCGGGACGGAGGCAGAGGCAAGGAUAUUUUGGCUGGGUCUCAUCAUCUGCCCUCUCAUUUGGACGUUCUUCUUCUUCACCUCCCUCUUCUCUCUGAAGAUUAAAUGGCUGUCACUUGUGGUAGCUAGUAUUUCCCUCCAAGUGGCAAAUCUCUAUGGUUACCUACGCUGCAAAGCAGUGGGAGAGGACGGCCAGCCUGCAGACAUUCGCUCUUUCACGGGACAGCACCUCCUGCAGCGUCCAGACAUCAUCUUUGGAAUACUAUGAAGAUUACCUCCUCCUGUACAGCCUCUCUGCUGUGUUUAUGUGUGUGUGAGCAAGAGAGAGAGCGAGAGAGAGAGAAAGAGGGAGGCAGACGAGAGCUGCCUUCAUCUCCAAAGUUUCUACAAACUGCAUCUAUACUUGAAUGGCUCUGUGCCUUGUGCAUGCCUUAUACUGACCAGUCAGUCUGGCUAUUAUGUUAAUAAAAGUUAAGUGCAUUUUAUAUUUUUUUCUGUUGUUGGUUGAACACGACAUACCUGCAAAUUAAUUUAAAGAAGUAAAAAGUAUAAAAGCUUAUAUACAAGCCAGGUUUCUAGAUUACAAUGUGCAUGUUCUUUGUCUUGCUUUCAGUAAACGUCUAUACGAUAAAAAAAACACAGAGCUAAAUCUGAUGUAAAGACACUUAAACUAGCUUUAGUACCCGUUGAAACAUUUGUCUUUAUUUAAGGAACAAAAGGGAUAUAUGAAAUGGAGUGAUUAAAUGAUUAAAUGUC